AUGUCCAAAGGUCUUGUUUUGAUCACUGGUGCUACUGGCCAUAUUGGCUUCAGAACCCUCGUCACUGCCUUGAAGGCCGGCUACCAUGUUCGAGCGGCCCUUCGUUCUGAGUCUACGAAGAACGAAAUCCUCUCUGCGCCAUCUAUCAAAGAGCUAGCUCCAGCGGAUAAGCUUUCAUUUAUCGUUGUCCCAGACCUUAUGGUUGAUGGCGCAUACAACGAAGCCGUUAAGGGUGUGAAUUAUAUCCUUCAUCUCGCAUCGCCGAUCGUCCUUAAGGGAGAAAUUAAGCCAGAGGACUAUGAAACCACGCUGAUCGAGCCUGCUGUUGCCGGAACAACCAAUAUUCUGAAAGCCGCUCUCGCCUCACCCAAUGUCAAGCGUAUUGUGAUCACAUCGUCCGUUGUCGCAAUGGUCCCUGCGAAAUACAUGUUUGAAUCCGAUACACCCGAUGGAAUAGUUUUCGAUCACACCUCAAGACUACCUGAACCCUUCGGUCCAUAUCCAUCGGAUUUCCACGCCUAUAAUGCCAGCAAAACCGCUGCUCUCCUCGCAACCGAGGCCUUUAUUAGAGACCAGAAACCUAGCUUCGACAUCACAAACAUCCACCCAUCUUUCGUCAUCGGCAAGAAUGAGCUUGUGACAGACGCGAAGUAUAUCACAGUGGGCACCAACGCGAUCGCGAUAGGUCCAGUUCUUGGAAACAAGUCCGACACUCCUGUUGUGGGCGGUAGUGUUCACGUCGACGACGUGGCAUUCAUGCAUGUCAAGGCUCUCGACCCGAAUGUCCCUGCUGGAAGCUAUAUUGGCAACUCGGAAGAUUAUGCUGGAACUGUCUGGCAGAAUGCAACAGCAGUUGCUGCUGAGCAUUUCCCUAAGGCUAUUGCAAAGGGCAUUAUCCCUAACGAUGGUGUGCAGCCUACCAGAAAGCUCACGGUAAACGCGAGAGAGACGGAAGAAGUCAUGGGCUUCAAGUUUUUGAGCUAUGAGGAACAGGUCAAAAGUGUUGUGAAGCACUUCAUUGAGCUGAAGGGCGAAAAGGCCGAGUAG